AUGCGUCUCUUCCUGAUCCCGAUCUCGACGGGCCGGACGCUCAUCUACUGCAAGAAGCUCGAUGCCGCCAUUCCUAGCAAGCAGCUGAGCUACCUCGAUCGCAUCACGAACAAGGCGACGGCGACCUGGGCCAAGUGGGAGGCUGCAGAGAAUGGCUGGCAGAAGACGCUGGUCACGUACGGCCACCGGGCACUGCAGCGAAUACCGUACGAGGAAUGGGGGCUGAAGAGUGUGCCGCCGCUGAGCUCGCGACGGGAGAUGGAGGAACUGCAGGCGCGCAAGCCCGUUGAGCUGCUCUACCCCAAGAAUGCGAUCAAGACGAGCAGAGUGCUGGGGCUCCUGGAGCAGCUUGCGACGGAGAGGCAGCAGCUUCACAGGAAGCGGAUGUGGUGGAGCAUCGUGGUUGCGCCGUUGACGGCCCCCUUUGCGCUCGUUCCGGUGAUACCUAAUAUACCCUUCUUCUUCUUCUGCUACCGCGGCUGGUCACACUGGAGAGCAUGGGGUGGCUCAAAGCACCUGGAAUUCCUUCUCAAGGAGAACCUCAUCCAGCCUAGAUCACUGACGGACCUGGAGAACGUCUAUCUACGACAUUACCCUUGCAAGGACGGGGCCAAGGAGGAGGAGAAUGCUGCUGCUACGGCCGACCGUGCAGACAGCCAUUGCACCGAGGAGGUGAUGCUGCUCAAGGACACUGAUGGCAAGGCACUGGCAAAGAUGCUAGAUGCCCCUGAGCUCGUCGCUGAGGUCGAGCGAGCCGUCCAUCAGGUCCAGCAGCAGCUUGAUCAAAAGAAAUAA